UCCCAGGCCCCUGGGAGGUCACUUUAAGGAGGGCUGUCUCAUUCCUAGAGCCCCAUAAGCAGGAAAUGGAAACCUACGGAGCCAGACGAACUGCCAGGGUGCUACAAACUUGUCCAGGAGGCUGCAGCCCCAAUCCACUGAUCAGAGACCCGAUGGUGCGAAUGUAUCAAAAAACAUUCUACUACCACUUUAACAACAGACCAAUCCUCUCUUACCGGAACGACACCUGGCUGUGCUUCGAGGUGGAAACUAAGAACUCACCUGCUUCCUUCCUCUGCGGGGUCUUCCGAAACCAGGGUGAUUCCAAGACUCCUUGCCAUGCAGAGGACUGCUUCCUGACUUGGUUCAAUGACCUGCUGUCCUCUGACCAGGACUACCAGGUCACCUGGUACACAUCCUGGAGUCCUUGUGCCCACUGUGCGGGUCUCGUGGCUGACUUUCUGGCCACACACACGAACGUGAGCCUGACCAUAUUUGCUGCCCGCCUCUACUACAGCUGGGACCCAGAUUACCGGCAGGGGCUUCGCAGGAUGAAUAAGGAAGGGGCCAAGGUGCUCAUCAUGAAUUAUAAAGAAUUUCAAUACUGCUGGGACAACUUCGUGAUUAACUACGGAAGGCCUUGGCUCCUGUGUUGGGGCAGACUGGAUGAAAAUUAUCAGUUCCUGGUCACCAAACUGGAGGAGAUCCUCAGAAGCCCUUUGGAGAGGAUAGAUCAAAGAAAAUUCAACAUCCACUUUCAAAACCUACAAUGGGCUUAUGGUCGAAAAAGCACCUGGCUGUGCUUUGAGGUGGAAACAAACAAGGACAGCAACUCACCUGUCCCCUUGUGCAGCGGGGUCUUCCGAAACCAGGGUGAUUCCAAGACUCCUUGCCAUGCAGAGGACUGCUUCCUGACUUGGUUCAAUGACCUGCUGUCCUCUGACCAGGACUACCAGGUCACCUGGUACACAUCCUGGAGUCCCUGCCCCGAGUGUGCGGGUCUCGUGGCUGACUUUCUGGCCACACACACGAACGUGAGCCUGACCAUAUUUGCUGCCCGCCUCUACUAUGGCCAGGACCCUGAUUACCAGCAGGGGCUUCGCAGGUUGAAUAAGGAAGGGGCCAAGGUGCACAUCAUGAAUUAUAAAGAAUUUCAACACUGCUGGGAAAACUUUGUGCACAACCAGGGAAAGCCAUUCCAGCCUUGGGACGGAUUGAAUGAAAAUCAUCAAUUACUUGACACCCAGCUGCAGGAGAUCCUCAGGCCACACUCACCGAGCUGGUCAUUAACUGCACGUAAAUGGGUGGGAGUGCACAUCAGGGUGAAACUCACAAGCUCUGAGAAACAUCCUUUGUACAAGUUGAUCCUGAGAAUUGGGUCAUCCUUGUCAUACCCAACUGCAACAGUGGAGAAGCCAGCAGGAAGAAGCCCUGGGUACAGAACUUUGCUCCAGAAAUGUGACUGCAGCUUCCGAGAGGAACAGCUGCCGCCCUGGGACUCACUGGGCCACCACCAUGCUCAGCAGCAGCCCUCGCCAGCUCCUCGCACCCUGACUAGUGCCAGCGAACCUUCGCCAAGACCCAGUCUGGACACUGGGCUCACUCUCACUGGCUCCCCUGCAGCACCCACCCCGUGGAGGGUCUUUGCCCGGUCUGUGGACGCCCCCACUGCUGCUUCUGCCCUGGCCCGCCCCUCCCCCGCCCUGCUCCCCACUCAGCCUCACCGGAAGCCAAGGCCAGGUGGCCCUGCCCCCUGGAGAGACCCGAUGGUGCGAAUGUAUCAAAAAACAUUCUACUACCACUUUAACAACAGACCAAUCCUCUCUUACCGGAACGACACCUGGCUGUGCUUCGAGGUGGAAACUAAGAACUCACCUGCUUCCUUCCUCUGCGGGGUCUUCCGAAACCAGGGUCCCCGCAAGAGUCCCUACCACACAGAACUGUGCUUCCUCACUUGGUUCCAGCAGACGAUGUCACCUGACCAGGACUACCAGGUCACCUGGUAUGUAUCCUGGAGUCCCUGUGCCAACUGUGCACAGCAGGUGGCUGACUUUUUGUCCAAAUACCCAAAAGUGAGCCUAACCAUCCUCACGGCCCGCCUCUACUACUUCUGGGUCCCGGAUUGCCGACAGGGGUUCCUCAGGAUGGAUCAGAAAGGGGCCAAGGUGCGAAUCAUGUAUUAUGAAGAAUUUGAACACUGCUGGGCAAAGUUUGUGUACAACCAUGGGAAGCCAUGGGUCACAAAUAACAACAAACUGAAGAAAAAUUAUCAGUUCCUGGUCACCAAACUGGAGGAGAUCCUCAGAGACCCCAUAGAGAGAAUAUCUCCAAAAAUAUUUUACUACCAGUUCAACAACACAACCAGCCUCCGAGACAGGACCAGCUGCUGGCUGUGCUUCACGGUGAAAACAAACAAGGACAGCAAUUCACCUGCUUCCUUCCUCUGCGGGGUCUUCCGAAACCAGGGUGAUUCCAAAACUCCUUGCCAUGCAGAGAACUGCUUCCUGUCUUGGUUCCAUGGCAUGCUGUCCUCUGACCAGGACUACCAGGUUACCUGGUACGCAUCCUGGAGUCCCUGUGCCAACUGUGCAGAACUCGUGGCUGACUUUCUGGCCACACAGAGGAACAUGAGCCUGACCAUAUUUGCUGCCCGCCUCUACUACCACCAUGAGCCAGAAAUCCAGCAGGGCCUUCGAAGGAUGCAUCAGAAAGGGGCCCAGCUACACAUCAUGUCUCUUCCAGAAUUUCAACACUGCUGGGAAAACUUUGUGCACCACCAGGGAAAGCCAUUCCAGCCUUGGGACGGAUUGAAUGAAAAUCAUCAAUUACUGGACACCCAGCUGCAGGAGAUCCUCAGGCCACACUCACCGAGCUGGUCAUUAACUGCACGUAAAUGGGUGGGAGUGCACAUCAGGGUGAAACUCACAAGCUCUGAGAAACAUCCUUUGUACAAGUUGAUCCUGAGAAUUGGGUCAUCCUUGUCAUACCCAACUGCAACAGUGGAGAAGCCAGCAGGAAGAAGCCCUGGGUACAGAACUUUGCUCCAGAAAUGUGACUGCAGGCCUGACUGCUGAAGCUGCUUGUUGGACCCUGAAGCCAGUUUCUCUCCAGCUUCCGAGAGGAACAGCUGCCGCCCUGGGACUCACUGGGCCACCACCGUGCUCAGCAGCGGCCCUCGCCAGCUCCUCGCACCCUGACUAGUGCCAGCGAACCUUCGCCAAGAGCAAGACCUAACACUUCCCCUUUUUAUAGAAUGCCCAACCUUGUCUUUUCCCGGGUGUACCCCCUCAAUUGUCAUUCUUCUCUUCCCAAAUAAACAUUAAAUGCAGA